CUGCAGAUCUUGGAAAAAAAAAAGCUUAAAGAAAGAACGAAAAUGCAAGUGCUCCUUUUACGUUUGUUCCUGGUGCCUUGAAUUUUUGUUGAAUUAUUGAUAACAGACGUAUGAAAAUGAAACAAAGCAAUGAAACAUGAUGAAAUUGAAACAACCGACACUCUGUCGUAAGCCCAGCGGAGGAUGCGACGAAAGGCCCACAAAACAAAAAUCCAGGCACAUCCAUGAAAACUGUAUAAAUAGGGAAUUCUGUAAACAAUCUCUUUGACGAUCUUUACAGAAAACUCUUUCCUCCGUUUUCCUUUAUUCAACGCCAUCAUCAUGUACACUUCUAUCAAGGCUCUUUCUCUCGCUGCUCUUGCUGGUCUUGCCGCAGCUGCUCCCUCCGGUGGUGCUCAAGUCACUGUCAAGAACCAAUGUGGUUCCGAUCUCCACGUUGGCCAACUCACCAACGGUGAAAGCCAAGCCAACGUCCAGGUCAUCAGCCAAGGUACUCAAAAGAACUACGAUCUUCCCAGUGACUGGCAAGGUCGUUUCUGGGCUCGUUCCGACUGUGAUGGUGAUGCCUGCUCUGCUAUUGCUGGUGCUGCCGCUCCUGCUUCUUUGGCCGAGAUUACUUUCAAGGGUCAUGCUGGCUAUGACUACUACGAUCUGUCCUUUGUCGACGGCUUCAACUUGCCCAUCAAGUUCUACCCUGUCAAUGGUAACAAGGACAGCGAUGAUCAAUACCGUUGCGGUGCUCCUGCCUGUGGUACCGUUCCUUCGUGCCCCGAGGAUGAAAUGAAGGUCUACGGUAGCGAUGGUCAGGUCGUUGGCUGCAAGUCUGCAUGCUCUGCUUACGGUACCGAUGAAUUCUGCUGCGCUGGCGCACACAAUCUGCCAAGCACUUGCAGCCCUAACCAAUAUUCCAAGGCUGUCAAGGACGCUUGUCCCGAUGCUUACUCGUAUGCUUACGAUGACACUACUUCGACCUACAUGUGCAAGGCCGAUACCUACGAACUUGUCUUCUGCCCUUAAAUAUUUUUUAUGGAUAAUCUUGUAUACUGCACAUACACUCUAUAACUCUCAUAUUAAUGUAAUUAGUUUGCUUUUAUAAUCGUACCGUCAUUAAAAC